AUGCGGAGACACAGACGGGUAUCUCAGCUUGGUGGAUCGACUCGAGGACUCGCGCGCUGGGAGAUCAUGACCGGCUGGGCGGACGACGCGAUCGACGAGGAGCAGGAGGGGGAGGACCGUCCGACGAGUGACGGCGAUAUCCUUGGCGAUGUUACCAUCUCCCGGCGGCGCGCGAACACCAUCACCGCACCCGCGCCACGGUGGGAGCCGCCCCGCAGCCAGUUCCGGCAGAGCGCACAGAUGCACCGCGACUGGGUGAAUGAUAUCCUGCUCUGCAACCAGAACCAGACUGUCGUGUCGGCGUCCUCGGACGGCUCAGUGAAGGCGUGGAACCCGCAUUCGUUGUCCGACCCCGUGCGGAUUGGCGCACACGCGGACUAUGUGCGAUGCUUGACGCAGUGCCGGACACAAAACUGGGUUGCUUCGGGGUCGUUCGAUAGGACGAUCAAGAUAUGGGACCUGGGCGCCCCGCCGUCGAGCGAGCCGACCCCGCUCAUGACAUUGUCGUCGCAUUCUACCUCUGCGCCGUCGUCGUCCUCUCCCAAAUCCUCUGUCUACGCGCUUGCGGCGGACCCAUUCGGUCACACGAUUGCAAGUGGGAGCCCAGAGCGAGUAGUUCGUCUUUGGGACCCGCGUAGCGGCAAGCGGACCGGCAAACUCGUUGGACAUACCGACAACAUUCGCUCCAUCCUCAUAAGCGAGGAUUCGAAUUAUUUACUUACUGGGUCCGCGGAUGCUUCCGUCAAGCUAUGGUCAUUACGCAGUCAGCGCUGUUUACACACUUUCACGCACCAUGCCGAGAGCGUCUGGAGCUUAUGGAGCGAACAUAGGUCGCUUGAGAUCUUCUACUCCGGCGACCGCGCUGGCUUAGUCUGCAAGGUCGACGUCGAGGACUGCGCGGAUAUAUCUGAGGGCGAGUGUAUCGUUUUAUGCGAUGACGCGCGACAUUCGCCACCCACCAAGUCCGAGGGCAUCAACCGCAUCGUGGCUGCCGACGAUACCUACCUGUGGACCGCAACCGGCUCGGCGAGCAUUAAGCGCUGGAACGUGCCACCGAGACGAGCGGAGCGCGCACGAGCCAUCUUUGCCGCAGAGGAAGCGAACUGCGAAGCCUCUCGCGGCGGCGAAGAGACGCAUCGCAGCUCUAGCCCCGACUGGCAGAAGGCACAGGAUACGGCCUCGCUGAACCUGUCUUUGUCGGCGGACCACUCGACGGUAUCAUUUGCCGAGCCGUAUGACAACCGAAGCAAGGACGGCAAGCCGCAUACGGGCGAUGAGAAGGCGCACGCCAGCGAUGGCAUGAGUACCCUAUAUGGUAUUCCGUUCGACUCGCUAGUGCGCCUGACGUCGCCCAACGACCCGUUCACGCCGUACGCGAGUAUGAAGAAUGCGGAUCCGGAGGUGGCGACGCUGUAUUCGGCGGCGAGCAUCUUGAGCGUCCCGCGUGCGGCUCGUAGCCCAGGGAGCGCAUAUUUCCCACAUAGGAGGAGGCACUCCCAACCGUCGAGCCACCAGCCGCAUCAUCUAGUGAGGCAGGAUACGGCGCGGACAGAGUAUGAGGCGAGAGAGUUAGCGGCGGAUGCAAUACCUUUGAACGCGGAGCCGCUGGAUCUGAUCGAGGGCACGAAGGGGCUGGUUCGCUCAGUGAUUCUGAACGACCGUACGCAUGUGCUGACUGUCGACACGGAAGAGGAGGUCGCGGUCUGGGAUAUCUUGCGCUGUCAGUGCUUGGGCAGGUGGUUGAGGGAAGAUAUUGUGAAGGCGAUGAGGAGCGAAGAGAAGGGGGCGAAUAGUGCCUCUGGGCCGCAGAGGAGGAACAGCGAGCACGAGCAUAAGGCUCCACUGGAUGAACCGAGGAGGUCGCCGAGAGAGUUGCUGGACGCCGUGCGAAGUCGAGUGGAGGGAGAGGCGGCGGUUCCGCAAUGGUGUUCGGUGGAGACGAAGGUGGGCGUGUUGGCCGUACAUGUGAGUUCGAAGUUCCGCAUUCGUGCCACAAAAUUGAUUGACUAUGCAGGUGACCGACCGCUGCUUCGAAGCGGAGGUUUACGCAGACCAGUUAACCUGGGCCGUUGGGUGCUUCGCAACCUCUUCUACGAGUUCAUCCACGAAGAGUCACGUCAACAGCGCGCACGGCGGCACGAACCAGGGAGUCCAACGAGCCCUGGGUCUCCGACAAGCACAUCACAUCCGCCUGGUCCGUCACGAUGGCCAGCGGGCCUAGUGACCGUCGCACCACACAUCGUGCCCGUGCUCCCGCCUGCGCUAUCGCCAUUGGCUGCACGCUCUUCACCCCUGAUAACCCCAAUGAUCCCGCUUGCUGCACUUGCUGCAACGCAGUCUGGCGAGGCGACGCCUGUGCCAGAGCGACAUCUACGGGCAGUUACCUCGGCCGAGGUGAUCUCUCCAGGUCGGGAGCACGAUUACUUCUCGGUGAGGGGGCGCCGGCCAUCAACAGCGGUGGGGGCUGCGCCGGUGACGCCGGAUGAGACGCCGCGUCCGAUUGAAAAUGGACGGGUACCGGAUACACCGACUACUCCCAGCGGAUUGAUGGGUCGGCUCAAGAACUUGGGGAAAACGAAUAAGAAGGCCAACGACCUAACUUCGCCAGCGCCGCUGGAGACGGCGGAGCCAGUUGCCGUGCCACCUACUGAAACACCUUCCACCCCUCGACAAGCGUUGCUCGCCUCUCAGUUCACCCCGCCGUCGUCAGCGGAGGCGCCUCGAUAUAGCCUCCCUCACGACGUCUGUGUACUCAUCACGGAAGAGUCGGACACCGGUCCUGCUGCUGGCGGGUACAAGGUCGUGUACCGUGCAUUGGUAGGCCGCCCAGAUGUACGUGCGCUCGAAGCUGUGGCACCUAUGUGGCUGCUGGAGUACUUGUUGAUGAAUCGCGCACCUAUACCGCCGCCGGUGAAGCUGAGCUUCGUUUUGCUGCCGUGGCCGGAUAAGGACGGGGAGAAGCUGCCUGAUUUGUUGAAUACCGCGCAAAGCAAGUUGACGGCGAGCCGGUAUUUAAGGGUCAGGAAACUGGUCGUGCAUGUAAGUAGCUGUUGCUUUUCACGUAUGAAACACACUGACGUGCGGAAAAACAGGUUCAGGACAAGCUUGAGAAGAUCCGUGGCGGCUCACGAGGCGGGUCAAUAUCGUCUCUCGCAAGCGCAGGCGCGUGCGGAAGAGACAUACGAAGUCCUUUGCAACAAUGUGGUCCUCCCGUUGGACAUGACUUUGGCGCAAGUGCGGCAGUAUGUGUGGCGACAGGCGGCGGAGCUGGUCAUCUACUAUCGGAAGCGGGCAGGCCCAGGGUCUCACAGCGGGCGAAGCGGCGGCGCAACAGCAGCAGCAGGAAGCGGCGCGGGCGAACCAGGAGACAACGCCACGACCACCUGCGCAUAUACCCUCUUCGAUGGUAGCUACACCACAUAG